AUGUCGGGCCCGCGCGCAGGCUUCUACCGGCUGGAGCUCAACAAGACCGUGUGGGAGGUGCCGCAGCGGCUGCAGGGGUUGCGCCCCGUGGGCUCCGGCGCCUACGGCUCGGUCUGCUCGGCCUAUGACGCGCGGCUGCGGCAGAAGGUGGCGGUGAAGAAGCUGUCGCGACCCUUCCAGUCGCUGAUCCACGCGCGGAGAACGUACCGCGAGCUGCGGCUGCUCAAGCACCUGAAGCACGAGAACGUCAUCGGGCUGCUGGACGUGUUCACGCCGGCCACCUCCAUUGAGGACUUCAGCGAAGUGUACCUGGUGACCACCCUGAUGGGCGCCGACCUGAACAACAUCGUCAAGUGCCAGGCGCUGAGCGACGAGCACGUCCAGUUCCUGGUUUAUCAGCUGCUGCGCGGGCUGAAGUACAUCCACUCGGCGGGGAUCAUCCACCGGGACCUGAAGCCCAGCAACGUGGCGGUGAACGAGGACUGCGAGCUGCGGAUCCUGGACUUCGGGCUAGCCCGCCAGGCUGAUGAAGAGAUGACCGGCUACGUGGCCACUCGCUGGUACCGGGCCCCCGAGAUCAUGCUGAACUGGAUGCACUACAACCAGACAGUGGACAUCUGGUCUGUGGGCUGCAUAAUGGCUGAGCUGCUCCAGGGAAAGGCCCUCUUCCCAGGAAGUGACUACAUCGACCAGCUGAAGCGAAUCAUGGAAGUGGUGGGCACACCCAGCCCUGAGGUUCUAGCAAAGAUUUCCUCAGAACACGCCCGGACCUACAUCCAGUCCCUGCCCCCCAUGCCCCAGAAGGACCUCAGGAGCAUCUUCCAUGGGGCCAACCCCCUGGCUGUGGACCUCCUGGGAAGGAUGCUGGUGCUGGACAGCGACCAGAGAGUCAGUGCGGCGGAGGCCCUGGCCCAUGCCUACUUCAGCCAGUACCAUGACCCCGAUGACGAACCUGAGGCCGAGCCCUAUGACGAGAGCGUUGAGGCCAAGGAGCGCACCGUGGAGGAGUGGAAGGAGCUCACCUACCAGGAAGUUCUCAGCUUCAAGCCCGCAGAGCCACCGCAGUCUCCCGGCAGCCUGGAGAUUGAGCAGUGAGGACGCGUGCCUGCUGGCCCCUGGGACUGGCGGACGGGCAGGAGCAUGCCGGCUGGAUUCCCACAAGGGCCGCCUCCCAGCACCACUGGGGCCAGCACCCUGAGCCUAGCUGGGGCUCCCUCGCCUGCACGCUGCCCCUCGUGGGCAGUCUGUACGCAUGUGAACGCACAAGCGUGGGCAUGGGUGCAAGCCGCGACUGCAGGAGUCCAGACAGAGCACCCUGGACUUCCUCAGUCCUCUGCCUCCUCCCAACCACCUGGGUCUCCUGUAGGACCUCAUCUGGAAGCCUUGGGGUUCCCCUGGGGAGUAUGUCUGUCUCCAGACCUCCUCGGUCCCAGAGGGCUGUCUCUGGAGGGCGUGGUGCCCUGGGGCCAGGCCCUCUGGAGACUGAAGGGAGGGUCUUGGUUGUCAGAGCCUCUCAACCUGGAAGGGGCGGCAGUCCUGGGAUGUGCUAAGACUCUGAAGAUCUGAAAGCUGAGACCAUCACCACGUAUCCGAUGAGAAGACCAUCCUGGAGCCCCGUGUUCCCCUGGGCCAUAUGUGGCACAUGCAUACUAAUGCGUGCUCCCGGUACUGACAUGUCAAGGCGCGUGUGAAUCUGGGGGGGCCUGAGAGCCAGCCGCCAUGAGCAGCUGGAAGCCUGAAGUGAGGUGCCUCUGCUGUUACUUCCCUUCCCUCAGUUCCUGGUUGGGGGUGGGCUGGGGCGCUGCCGCUGAGAUCCUGGGUGCGCCAUGCCAGGGGCUCUGGUGGACAAGGGACAACCAGGGAACAAAAGCCAGGGCUUUCUCCUGGAGUGCGGGGGCUGCAGCAGAUGUGAAGAGGUGGUUGGUACAGGGGGCUCCAAGCUUGAUGCUGGUGGGGGGUGGAGGGGCACACCCAGUGUGCCCUUGGACUCAGACCCUGACCUUGGCCAGGAGCUGAUGAAGAAGCCUCUGCCUGCUCUCGCUCUACCUCGGCCCUCCUCCGGCCCUGCAGCUGAGCCCUGGACUGUUCUGCCCUGUGGUCCGCUUGCCUCCUUCCUCCUUCCAGAAUGGAGCUGGUCCAGUAACCGGUGGACAUGACCCUAUUCAAGAUGUUGGGGGAGUGGGUCCCCCAGCGAGGGGCUUCUCUUUGAGGAGGUGGUGUCCUGUGUGUCAGGUGGUGACCCCCCACCUUGCAGAGGUCUCAGCGUCAAGUGCCUGCACCGGGGUUUCACAAUAAAGGGGUUCUCUCCCACUCA